AUGGAAGAGGGCGCUGGCAGAAGUAGAGAAGAGAGGAAAUGGGCAAUAACAAGAGAUGGAUUUGUGAAAGAAGUAAAGAAGACGAGCUGUAUAGCAGCACCUAUGGUGGCAGUUUCGGUGUUGCAGUAUCUGCUCCAAGUUGUAUCGGUGAUAAUGGUGGGACAUCUUGGUGAUCAGCUUGCCCUCUCCAGCGUCGCCAUUGCUACUUCCCUCACCAAUGUUGUCGGAUUCAGCCUUCUAUCUGGAAUGGCAGGUGCAUUGGAAACCCUAUGUGGCCAAGCCUAUGGAGCUGAAGAACAUCACAAGCUUGGAACCUACACUUAUUCUGCAAUCAUCUCUCUGGUUAUGAUUUGUCCUCCAAUAUGCCUGCUCUGGAUUUUUCUGGACAGAUUACUUCCUCUCAUAGGCCAAGACCCUUUAAUCUCACGUGAAGCUUGCAAAUACUCAAUAUGGCUAAUCCCUGCACUGUUUGGAAGUGCAAUCCUUAAGCCUUUAACUCGAUUUCUUCAGACACAGUCUGUGAUUCUUCCAAUGCUUUUGAGCUCCCUUUUAAUUCUAUUUUUCCAUUCAACUGCCUGUUGGACUUUUGUAUAUAAGCUAGGAUUAGGAUACAAGGGUACAGCUUUAGCCUUCGGUUUGUCGAUUUGGCUAAACGUCUUUCUGCUUGGAUUUUAUGUGAAGUGCUCUUCUGCCUGUCAGAAAACUCGGACGCCAAUUUCCAAAGAUGCAUUUCUUGGUAUUGGAGAGAUCUUCCGCUUGGGAGUCCCUUCUGCUGUAAUGGUUUGUCUUAAAUGGUGGUCCAUGGAGUUGCUAACUUUGCUUUCUGGUCUUUUACCAAAUGCAAAAUUGGAGACUUCUGUGCUUUCUAUAUGCCUCACAAUUUCUACAUUGCACUUCACCAUACCAUAUGGAUUUGGAGCUGCAGCAAGUACUCGAGUUUCAAAUGAAGUAGGGGCUGGAAAUCCUCAUUCAGCUCGAUUGGCUGUGGUGGUUGCUAUGUGCGUUGCUGGAGCAGAGGCAGUGAUUGUAAGCACAAGUCUCUUUUUCUGCCGCCAUUUCCUAGGAUAUGCUUACAGCAAUGACAAGCAGGUUGUGGAUUAUGUCUCAAUCAUGACACCACUCAUUUGUCUCUCUGUUAUUAUGGACAGUUUGCAAGCUGUGCUUUCUGGGGUGGCUAGAGGGUGCGGAUGGCAGCACAUAGGAGCUUAUAUCAAUCUUGCUGCAUUUUACCUGUGUGGACUUCCAGUGGGUGCUGUGCUUGGCUUUGUAGCUCACUUAAGAGGAAAGGGGCUUUGGAUUGGAAUAGUAGCUGGAUCAAUGGUGCAAUCAGCUCUUCUUUCUCUUAUUACUGCUUUCAUAAAUUGGGAAAAACAGGUAAAGAGGGCAAGGGAGAGGAUACUUCAGAGAUCAUCCAUGGAGAACGACGAAAACUGAGAAAUAAUUUAAAUUGUUGCUUUUUUGUCUGCUCGUUAGAUGUGGAAAAAAUGUUAAUUUCAAUUUAUUUAGAUAUAUUAAAACUACGAUACUCAAUAAAAUACUUUCACUAAAUUAGCCAUCGAGCAUCUAAUGACAAGUUUUUUUUUUUCCC